ACUUCUCCUUAAACCCCGAACCCUAUGCGCAACACAAGCCCAAUGCUAAGUAUGUAGUAACUCGCAAAGCUUUAUCUAAAUUCUUCGGUGUUGAUUCCCAUGGCGGUUCCUGGCUUCAAAUUCGUUCGUCAAUCCACUCUUCAUCUCCGUUCUACUCCCUUCCAAUACGUUCGUAAGGUUGUGCCCAAAUCUCUCGUCACGGUUGAAGCAGCAGAGAGAUUCACAAACGGAAAUGGCGGUGGCUUAGUUCAUGAAGAAGGGAUUAAGAAAUCCGCUGAAUGGAAAAGGAUUGGUUCCAAAGAGCUUGGAAUUCAUAAUUCAUCGAUUGGUGUCACUACCAAGAAGGUUCUUAAUGGCCUCAAGAAAAGAGGAUAUGAUGUAUACCUAGUAGGAGGUUGUGUACGUGAUCUUGUUCUAAAGAAAACACCAAAGGACUUUGAUGUUAUAACUUCAGCUGAGCUAAAAGAGGUGAUGAAAGUAUUUUCCUGGUGCGAGAUAGUUGGCAAACGCUUCCCUAUAUGUCAUGUUCACAUGGAUGGUACCAUUAUUGAGGUGUCAAGUUUUAACACUUCUAGAAGCAAGAAUGGUGUGGAAUUCUCUCAUCAUACAGAAUCACCUAAUGGUUGUGAUGAGAAAGACCUUCUUCGGUGGAUGAACUGUUUAAACCGGGACUUCACAAUUAAUGGGUUGAUGCUUGACCCAUAUGCAAGAAUUGUAUAUGAUUACAUGGGAGGAAUAGAAGAUAUUAGAAAAUCUAAAGUACGAACUAUAAAUCCGGCAGAUAUUUCAUUUCGGGAAGAUUGUGCUCGCAUUCUACGUGCAAUUAGAAUUGCUGCUCGUUUAGGAUUUAGCAUUUCUAAGGAAACAGCUCAUUUUAUUAAAAGUCUGUCUUGCUCAAUAUUAAGACUUGAUAAGGCUAGGCUCAUGAUGGAAAUAAACUAUAUGCUAGCUUAUGGUUCUGGUGAAGCUUCUUUGAGGCUAUUAUGGAAGUAUGGACUUUUAGAUAUACUUCUUCCCUUCCAGGCUGCUUAUUUUGCUCAUCAUGGAUUUCGAAGGAGGGGCAAAAGAACCAAUAUGCUUUUGUCUCUCUUCUCCAAUUUAGAUAAGCUUUUCGCUCCAAACCGUCCAUGUCAUAGUAGCUUAUGGUUUGGGAUCCUAGCACUACAUAAAGCAUUGAGUGAUCGACCAAGGGACCCCUUGGUGGUUGCUGCAUUUAGCCUUGCAGUCCAUAAUGGUGGAAAUUUGUUGGAAGCAGUGAAGAUUGCAGGAAUGAUCAACAAGCCACAUGAUAUGAGAUUUCCUGAAUUAUUAGAUCCUUCUGGUAUGGAUGCAGAGGCAUUGGUAACUGGGGUUAAAGAUCUUGCAGAGUCUGUUAGAGGGACACUGUUGCAAAUGACUGAUGAACAUUUUGUAUCUCAAGCUAUGGCUGACUAUCCUCAAGCCCCUCGUUCAGACCUAGUGUUCAUUCCAUUAGGAUUGUACGUAAAAGCAUUCAGCAUUUUCGAAUGUGUGAAAAGGAGUGCUGAUAAGAAAUCCCUGUCAAAGCAAGGCAUGAGAAUUGAUUAUGAAGCCUUAGCUAAUGGUAAUAUACAAGAAAUAAGACACGUUUUUGCAAGAAUUGUAUUUGAUACUGUGUUCCCGCUUCACCAAGAUCAGGAUCAGACAUUAAUAAAUAGCCGGGUUUCACAGGGAGGCUAGUUUGAAGGUUUUUUAGAAAAUCAUGAGAGACGCUUCAUGAAAUAAGCAUUCUGUCAAAGGGAAAUCUGAUCAUAAUCCCAGUAUAUUGGUGGAAGGUGUAACUUCAGCUCUUAGAGGUACUUGCGGAAAUUAUCGUCCAUUUAUUUUUCCGUUACCACUUGGAAUCGUAUUUACCCUGCUCUGGUAUCCAAUGGAUUUAACUCACAAGCUACAUAGCCAAAUGGAAAAUGGGAGAGAAGAUCAUAUUAUUGAAAAAAGAACUGCUUCCCAUCCUAAAAACCUUCAUCUCCAGUUUUGUUUUGUAAUGUUAUACCUCAUUAUCAUUUUAGAGGAAGAAUAGGUUUGUUGCAGAGCUGUUGGGAAGUAUUGUUGUCAUUCUGAAGAGAAAGUAGAAUGCAUGAAAGAUAAACUAUUAAGUAGCUAAAUAUCUUCUUCAUCCUCAUAGAUAUAUUAACAUUUUUUUUGUUCUCAUGAUUAACCAGUGUUUAAUAGAAAUUUUUGUGGUAA